GAUCAUAAAGAUUCCAAUUUCAACUCCCGCUCAAACAUUUCAAAAUUCAAAUUCAAAUUCAAAUUCAAAAUCCACGUAGACGUUGGAAUCCCAUUUCUUCCUCCCAUCACUCCGCCCUUUCCAUUAACACCCAAAACCCUGAUUCUCCGAAUCCACGCCGGAGCAACCAUGGUUGCAGACAAACUCCCUUUGCAGAGCAGCAACAACGUCAAUGUCCAAUCUCAGAAGACGAUCGAGGAGACCUACCAGAAGAAAUCCCAAUUAGAGCACAUCCUGCUCCGACCCGACACCUAUGUCGGAUCCAUUGAGAAGCACACCCAGACCCUCUGGGUCUACGAGAACGACGAGAUGGUCCACCGGUCGGUCACCUACGUCCCCGGCCUCUACAAGAUCUUCGAUGAGAUCCUCGUUAAUGCCGCCGAUAACAAGCAGAGAGACUCGUCCAUGGACUCUGUUAAAGUGGUCAUAGAUGCCGACCAGAAUUGUAUCAGCGUAUGCAACAAUGGAGAUGGAGUUCCUGUGGAGAUUCACCAAGAAGAGGGCGUAUACGUGCCUGAAUUGAUUUUCGGCCAUCUGUUGACCAGUAGCAAUUAUGAUGAUUCCGUGAAGAAGACAACCGGAGGAAGGAACGGGUACGGUGCUAAACUUACCAAUAUCUUCUCCACGGAGUUUGUGAUCGAGACCGCCGAUGGGAAGAGGCAAAAGAAGUACAAGCAGGUUUUCUCCAACAACAUGGGGAAGAAAUCAGAGCCUGUCAUAACGAAGUGUAAGGAGGGUGAGAAUUGGACUAAAGUAACUUUUAAGCCUGACUUGGCAAAGUUCAAUAUGACCCAUUUGGAGGAGGACGUGGUUGCCCUGAUGAGGAAGCGAGUUUUUGACUUAGCUGGUUGCCUUGGUAAGACUGUGAAAGUUGAGCUGAAUGGGAAGCGAGUCCCUGUGAAAUCGUUUCUGGAUUAUGUGAAUCUCUACCUAAGUUCUGCCUCUAAACAUAGGCCAGAACCCCUGCCUAGGUUUAUGGAGAAAGUUAACGAUAGGUGGGAGGUCUGUGUGAGUCUCAGUGACGGGCAGUUUCAACAGGUCAGCUUUGUUAAUGCGAUUGCUACAAUCAAGGGUGGAACACAUGUUGACUAUGUCACUAAUCAAAUAUCUAACUAUGUGAUGAAUGUUGUAAAUAAGAAGAACAAGAAUGCCAAUGUAAAAGCGCAUAAUGUGAAGAACCAUUUGUGGGUUUUUGUCAAUGCUCUUAUUGACAACCCUGCUUUUGACUCACAAACAAAGGAAACUUUGACACUUCGUCAGAGCAGUUUUGGGUCUAAAUGUGAAAUUCCAGAAGAGUUUCUGAAGAAAGUUGCAAAAUCUGGAGUUGUGGAUAGCCUUCUCUCAUGGGCAAAUUUCAAGCAGAGCAAAGAUCUUAAAAAGACUGACGGAACAAAGACAGGCACCAUUCGGGGCAUUCCCAAGCUGGAAGAUGCUAAUGAUGCUGGAGGGAGGAACUCAGACAAAUGCACCUUGAUUUUGACUGAAGGAGAUUCAGCUAAGGCUCUUGCGAUGGCGGGGCUUGCCAUUGUGGGCCGAAAUCACUAUGGUGUUUUCCCAUUGAGAGGUAAAUUGCUAAAUGUGAGAGAAGCUAGCCACAAACAACUAAUGGACAAUGCAGAAAUACAGCAUCUCAAGCAGAUUCUUGGACUACAGCAAGGAAAGGAAUAUGCCAGUGUCAAAUCUUUGAGAUAUGGGCAUAUGAUGAUAAUGACUGAUCAGGAUCAUGAUGGUUCCCAUAUAAAAGGGUUGUUGAUCAAUUUCAUCCAUUCAUUCUGGCCAUCAUUGCUAAAAGUCCCUUCAUUCAUGGUUGAGUUUAUAACUCCUAUUGUGAAGGCUACUCACAGGAAUGGAACUGUGUUAUCUUUUUAUUCCAUGCCUGAGUAUGAGUCAUGGAAGGAAAGUUUGAGGGGUAAUGCCACUGGUUGGACAAUUAAAUACUAUAAGGGGUUGGGAACCAGCACAUCAAAAGAAGGUAAGGAGUACUUUAGCAAUCUUGAUAAGCACAAGAAAGAAUUUAUUUGGGGGGAUGACCAAGAUGGGGAUGCAAUUGAACUUGCAUUCAGUAAGAAGAAGAUAGAAGCAAGGAAGAAUUGGCUGCGGCAGUUUGAGCCUGGUACUCACCUAGAUCAUAAUGAGAAGCUCAUCAAAUACAGUGACUUCAUUAAUAAGGAGCUUAUACUGUUUUCUAUGGCGGAUCUCCAAAGGUCAAUUCCUUCAAUGGUUGAUGGUCUAAAGCCUGGUCAAAGGAAGAUUCUUUUCUGCUCUUUCAAGAGGAAUUUUGUCAAAGAAGCAAAAGUUGCCCAGUUUUCAGGUUAUGUUUCUGAGCAUUCUGCUUACCAUCAUGGUGAGCAGAGUCUUGCCAGUACCAUUGUUGGAAUGGCCCAGGAUUUUGUAGGUAGUAAUAACAUAAACCUUCUGCAACCAAAUGGUCAAUUUGGCACUCGUAAUCAGGGAGGCAAAGAUGCUGCUAGUGCCAGGUACAUAUUUACCCGACUAUCUCCCAUCACAAGAUACCUGUUCCCGAAGGAUGAUGAUGGCCUUCUUGACUACUUGAAUGAGGAUGGGCAAUCUAUUGAACCCACUUGGUACAUGCCUAUUAUACCAAUGGUCCUUGUGAAUGGAAGUGAAGGAAUUGGGACUGGCUGGAGCUCUUUCAUUCCCAACUACAACCCAAGAGAAAUAAUUGCAAAUGUUAGGCGGUUGUUAGAUGGUGAAGAUAUGGAGCCUAUGCAUCCUUGGUAUAGAGGAUUUAAGGCAACAAUUGAGAAAACUGCAUCAAGGGAAGCUGGCACUAGCUACACUGUUUCUGGAAUUAUGGAGGAAGUCAAUGAGACCUCUCUCAGGAUUACAGAGCUGCCAGUGCGUAGGUGGACGCAAGAUUAUAGGGAAUUUUUGGAAUCUAUGGCCGUAGGAAAUGAUCCCUUUAUCAUGGAAUUUAGGCAGUACAGUGAUGAUACAAAUGUGGAUUUUGAAGUUAUUUUGACUGAGGAGAAGAUGAUGAUCGCGAGGCAAGAUGGUUUGAUGAAGAAAUUUAAACUAACGACUACAAUCAGCACCAGCAACAUGCACUUGUUUGAUCCGAAAGGCGUGAUUAAGAAAUAUGACACCCCAGAGCAAAUUCUUGAGGAAUUUUUCCACAUAAGGCUUGAGUUUUAUGAGAAAAGAAAGAAAGUUUUGUUGGAAAAUCUUGAAAGGGAACUGCUGAAAUUGGAUAACAAGGUCAGAUUUAUCCUUGGAGUUGUAAGCGGAGAGAUCAUAGUGAACAACAGGAAGAGAGCUGAGCUAUUCAUUGAGCUGCGAGAGAAAGGUUUUACUCCUUUUCCAAAGAAGUCUAAGGUUGAAGCAGCAGUGGCUGGUGCAACUGAUGACACAGAAGAAACUGAGGAGACAUCUGAGGCCCUUAGUGCAAAAGGAGUGCGGGGUAGUGAUUAUGAUUACUUGUUGUCCAUGGCAAUUGGGACAUUGACCCUGGAGAAGGUUCAGGAGCUAUGUGCUGACAGGGAGAAACUUAAAGGAGAGGUGGAAGAUCUAAGAAAGGCUACUCCAAAGUCUUUGUGGAUGAAAGAUCUUGACUCUCUUGAGAAGGAACUUGAUGAGCAAGAUCAAAAUGCUGCUCGUGAAGAGGAGGCAAGAAAAGAAAUGAAAGGCAAAGUGAAGGGUGCUGUUGGAACAAGAGUUCAGAGAAAACCACCAAAAGCCCCGCGGAAGACUACUAAGAAAGCUGACACUGUUGAAGCAAUUCCAGAUGGCAUGGGAAUGUCUUCCAGUUCUGUAAUGGAAACAGAGGACGUUUCUGAAGCGGUGCAACCAAAAGGCCGUGGUGGUGCAAAGAAAGCUGCCGCAGCAAGAAAGCAAGAUGUUGUUGAUGAGGAUGAAGAUGACGAACUCGGCCUGCCUUCAUUAAGAGAAAGACUUGCUAAGUAUAACCUUGACUCUUCUCCUGAACAAUCUGCAGCCAUGGAAGAUGAAGUUCCCCAGGUACCUGCCGGGAAGAAAGAACCUAGCAAAAGGGCUGCUGGAAGGAAGAAGAAGCAAGUCGUAAGUGAUAACUCCGACAGUGAAGAUGAAGUUGAAUUGGAUGAUGAAGACUUCAGCAUGGAAGAAGAAGCUGCUCCAGUAGUGGGAAAGAAGAAGGGAGGAAGAAAACCUGCUGCAAAUACCAAGGCAGCUAAGCCCCCUGCUCCAGCAAAGAAGAGAGGGCCGGCCAGCAAGAAGUCUCAGGCAUCAUUAGGCCAGAAGCUCUUAACUGACAUGUUGAAGCCCGCGGAAGAGCCAGGGAUUUCUCCGGAGAAGAAAGUGAGGAAGAUGAGGGCAUCUCCAUUCAACAAGAAAAGUGGGUCCAUGUUGGGCAGGAUAGGCAAGGGGAGUGAGGCAUCUAACAGUGAAGAAACCCAUGUUUCUCCUUCUACCUCUGAGAACAUUGAAGAUGAAGUCGUUGAGGUUGCCCCGGCAAGACCAAGGCCGCAGAGGGCAAACCGCCGUCAGACAAAGUAUAUUCUCAGUGACUCCGAGAGCGAUGCUGCUGUUGAUGAUUCCGACUUCGAUGAAGAGGAAGAUUGAAAUGAGAAUUUGAGAUUGUCUGUGAGAAAACUAAUAGGACAAGUGUACUGACUUGGUAACUGGAUCUCUCUCUUGUUUUUUUCUUUUUUCUUUUUUAGCCACUUGAAGUAUUGAACUCUGUCUCCAUGAAAAAUUGAUAUCAAUAUUUAAAGUUUUAAACCCCUAAAGGAAAAAAAAUUGUCACUGAAUU